AUGGUCUCCCGAGCCUGCUGCUGGCUGUCCUGGUGCCUGCUCAUCUGUGUCAUUUCAGCUGAAGUCCAGGAGCAUGGCAGAACUCCCAAGGCUCAGAAAAAGAGAGGCUUCAAAGCAGCCAGCCCUGGAGAGGUGAAGCCCCCAGGAGCCCCAGGUGGGAAAAAACCCGAAGCAGACCUCAGCCAGAAGACCCUGCAGAUGGAGGCUGCAGCCCCAAGCCUCCCAGCCUCCUCCAUUCUGACACUGGUGUUAGGGAGGGGCCGCUUCCAGAAGGUGGGGAACUCUCUUAGCCUGCGGGCUGGGGAUCCCCUGGAGCUUCACUGCCGGGGGAAGGUGGUCCACUGGAGGGUGCCUGUAUACCUGGAAGAGGAGGGCAAGGCACGCCUGAGAAUCAAGCACUUCAGCCGUCACAGCCAGCUGCAGCUGGUCAACUCCACGGGCGCGGACACGGGGGAAUACAGCUGCUGGGCUCAGCACUGCCAGGAUGGCGAGGGCGCAGAAGGCGAGGCCCGCCAGGGAAAAACCUUCAUCUUCUUCACAGACCCAGAGGAGCUCUUUGUCCCCACCGAGGAUUAUUAUAAGGUGGUGCAGUUGCACAGCCAUCAACCAGUCCUGCUUCCCUGCCAGGUGACCAACCCUCUGGCCCACGUGACACUGCAUCGGGAGUUCCCCCCGGAGGAAGUCCCAGUGGAUGGGAUAGACAUCUCCUUUGACGUGAAGAAGGGCUUCACCAUCCACCGGCCCCGAGCUUCCUUGGCUGGAGCCCUCUUCUGCUUGGCCAGCCUGGGCGGCUUGAGACAAAUUUCUACCAAGUACAUGCUGAUCUACAUCAAGUACCCGUCAUCCUCCCCCAAACCCACCAUCCAAGCUUCAGCAACAUCAGUCCAACUGGGAGAGAACUUCAGUGUGACCUGCACGGCUCUGGGUGAGCCAGACAUUGCUGUGGACUUUAUCUGGGAAUAUCCAGGGCAGAAGCUGGGCCGACCCCCCUACGUCAGCGAGUGGGCCAGUGUCGUUCGCCAAGAGGGCCAGGUACAGCAGGAGGCAGGGAGUACCCUGCAUGUGGAAGAGGCCCGGGCUGGGGACUCUGGCAUCUACACCUGCAGAGCUACCAACCUUCAGGGCACGGGGACUGCCACCACCCACGUCCGUGUAACCAGAAGCUCUCAUGUGUCCCCUGCCCCUUCCUAGCUCUGUCCCUGGCUGCAGGCAUCCU